AUCAUGUUCUAGGGUUUAGGAUUUUCAGUUGUCCUAGCUUCAAUCCCGACUCCCCUCUAUUUCCCCCUCUACCAUCACUGAUCAUCAAGCUCAAACCUUCAUCAAUGGAGAAAACCUCACCCUCCAUUUCAGAUUAACAUUAUUACGAAUUCAUUUCUGUAUUUCUAGCUGAUUCUUAGGACUUAUUUUUUUUCCUCUCUUCUCGUAUUCCCCAUUGCAAAGAGGAUGCAAUAUCUGAGUAGAAUCGUAUCGCGAAAUCCUGCUUCAAGUUACUGUAGCAGUGCAAGUGUUUUGUCGAAGUAUUUAUCAGAAAUCACCCCAUUUGGAAACCCUAAUCCCAAGCAUUUUACAAAUUCUAGAGGUUUCUCGAAUGAAUCGGAAAAUAGCGGAGGAAAUCUCCCAUGGGAUAACGUCAAAGGCGGCGAUGGUAGUGGUGGUGGGGGUUUCCAGUGGGAAGACAUGGGUUCAUCGUGGUCUACUGGCUUAACCAAAAGCCACUUUGACGGAGAAGCGGUGGGUCAUCAGGUUACUCCGUCAUCAGCUUCUGGUGGUGGUGGUGGUGGUGGAGGUGGUCCUCAAACGAGUUCCGUCUCUUCCAAUGAUCCCUUGAGUCAGCAAUUGAAGGAACUGCAACGCCAGGCGGAGAAAGCGGCGAAGAGACAGUUGGAUGAUGAGGAUGUGUGGGAUGAGAAGAUGCAGGAGACUAGUGUGUUGUUGAGGCAAAUCACUGAGCCUGGUGCUAGAGGUUCUUACUUGAAGGAUUCUGAAAAGGCGGAGAUGUACCGGUUGCAUAAGGAGAACCCUCAGGUUUAUGAUGUUGAAAGGCUGGCAAAGGAUUUUAGGAUUAUGAGGCAAAGAGUGGUUGCCAUUCUUUGGCUUAAGGAGCUUGAAGAAGAAGAGGAGAAAAAGCUUGGUGAGCCUUUGGAUGAUUCUGUUGAGCUUUUGAUCGAUACUUUCCCUGAAUUCUUCGUUUCCCAUGACAGAGAGUUUCAUGUAGCCUCACUUCCAUACAAACCUGAUUUUAAGGUCAUGCCUGAGGGUUGGGACGGCACCACUAGAGAUCCUGAUGAAGUACACUAUGAGAUAUCAAAGAAGGAAGACGAUAUAUUGUAUGAAGAAUUCCUUCAGAGGUUUAACUUCAACAAGAUGAAGUUCAAGAAUGAGGUUAAAGUGCACAAAUAUAGUAGGAGACGCCCUUCAGAUGGUUGGAGUUUAGUAGUGGAGAAAUUAGGACCUCGAGGAAAGCGUGGAGGAAGUGGUGGAUGGAAAUUUGUGAGUCUACCAGAUGGAUCAACACGACCAUUGAACGAUACAGAAAAGAUGUAUGUGAAGAGGGAAACUCCACGUCGCCGUCGGAAAAUACUCCCGUAAGAAGAAGCAGAUAUUUAUUCAUAUCACAGCUAUAACAACCACUUAGUCAGUCAGCAUUUUUUUUGUAUGAUAGAGAGCGAGCUGUUGUCAUUGCUCCAAAUUUGUAGGGUUGCAAAGUCAGCACUUUUUGUAUCCUAGAAUCCAUCUGGUGUUGGUUGAGAGUUCCUUUGUUGACUAUGACGAAAACCAAAGGAUUUGGUGACAUCUCUCGUGCUGAAUAAAAUGAUCCUCUCGAAAUUUUUGAGUAAUUUUAAAGCUUGAAAACUAGAACUAGUAAUUUGACUGAAAUUCCCUUUCGGAGUGGAUCAUUUUGUCCAGUCCCGAGAUUGAUUUAUGUUUCCUCGAACCAAUAUUACACCAGCUUUUUAUUCCAAAUGCUGAUAAAUGUAGACGGUUUUCAA